GUUAUAGAUCUUCCAGCUUCCCGAUACCCUUUAACGGUAACUUUUUGGCGAAUCAGCGACUUUAAAACUCUCUUUACCUUCUUUGUAACCGACUCUCAUUUACUUCAUCUUCCUAAUCUCUCCUCUUUCUCUCUGCUGAAACGAUUAUGACUCUCCCCAAGUGUUUCCAUCUUUAUCUCUCUCUCCUCGCCGUGACGGCGACAAUAUUAAUGGCCGUAACAGCUGCGCAGGCCGGGGGUCAAGUGCUGCAGGCGGAACUUUGGUGCGUAGCGAAGAACAACGCGGAAGAUUCGUCGCUACAGACGGCGAUGGAUUGGGCUUGUGGACAAGGCGGCGCGGACUGUGGCCCGAUCCAACAAGGUGGACCUUGCAACGACCCGACGGAUAUCCAGAAGAUGGCUUCGUACGUUUUCAAUAACUACUACUUGAAGAACGGGCUUGCUGACGAGGCUUGUAAUUUUAAUAACAACGCUGCUCUCACUUCCAUUAAUCCCAGUCAAGGAACUUGCAAGUACCCGUCAAGUAAGAGAUUGAGCAAUGGUCGAGUCGCGGAUGACACUUCAAUAGGUGCAGGACACGCUGAUAUGAGCCGUGGCAGACGAGUUUCCAACACUUGGAUCUUGUUGGCCUUUAGCAUUUUGAUGGUGACACGGAUGAUUCAUGUUUAGGCCACAAGCACAUUGCUCGUUGCUGAUGAGGAAGUUCAUCCCACUUGGAGUGUGUUUCAGCAUGUUUUUUUUAUAGUUUCAGUUGUAUUGUGUAUUGAUAUUUCUCUUUGUCAACGAAUAUAUAAUGUUAUCAACCAAAAUUAG